UAGUUGCAAUCAAAAUUAUUCAACCCCCAAGGCAAAUUGGGCCUAUUAUCAACAUUUGCAGACUUUCAGUUGUUUGCCAUGAGCAAAUCAAACAAAAGCAAUAGAAAUGACUCAUCGGAAGGGAUGCUUGAAGUGGCUUCCUUAAAUUCAGCUGAAAUUGCAGCUUAUAAAUUGUAAAUUUUGAUAAUAAACCCAGUUUGCAAUGGGGGUUGAAUAAUUUUGAUUGCAAAUAUAUGAAGGCCAGUUCUAAGUGUGAAGCUCUUCCCUUGUGUUUCAUACUUCUUGUUCUUAGUUUGGAAGCCUGAAGGUAGUGGUUUGCUUUGUUCUGGUAAUUACAUGCAAGCCACUCUGGCAGUCUUUUUGGUUGAACAGCUGAGUAACAAAUGCUAUAAAUAAGAUAAAAUAAUGUGAUGUAUGUCAGGGCAAAAAUAUCCCUUAGCUUCACAUCUUUUCCGGGGGGGGGGGCUGAGCUGGCAGUGAUGGACCAGGAACGAGGCCUUGUGCUUGGUGGUGGUGUCUGCUGUGAAUUGCUGCAGAUUUGGCAUUUCCCUCUGUAGUGUCCUCCUCUGCAGCUUGUUCAGUAAGACCAAGUGAUCUCCGUGGUUGAACCCUGUUGCUUCUGACCAUUCUGCCACACUUCAUCCUUAAAUUUGUCAUAGGUGUAAUUAGCCAUGGUCAAGUCUAAAAAAAAGAAAAACCAACAGAAGGGGUAUUUCCGGGAUUACAGGUGGGGACCUAGAGGAAAUAUGCCCCCAUGGAUGAGAGGUCCUUGCCCAGGUGGCAUGUGGGGACCCAGAGGAAAUAUGCCCCCAUGGAUGGGAGGUCCUUGUCCAGAUGACACGUGGGGACCCGGAGGAGAUAUGCCCCCGUGGAUGGGAGGUCCUUGUCCAGAUGACACAUGGGGACCUGAAGGAGAUAUGACCCCAUGGACCGGAGGUCCUUGUCCAGAUGGCACGUGGGGACCCGGAGGAGAUAUGCCCCCGUGGAUGGGAGAUCCUUGCUCAGAUGACACAUGGGGACCCGAAGGAGAUAUGACCCCAUGGACCGGAGGUCCUUGUCCAGAUGACACAUGGCAACCCAGAAAGAAACGCAGAAAAUAUACGCAGCCAAAUAUGAGCGGCCCCUGUCCUAAUAUGUGUGAUCCUAAAGAGAGCAUGUCUUCUUCUAAUGCACCUGACCAAAGGCAGUGUAGGACUUUUGGAGGGCCAGGAAAGUCGUCUUCUGGGAUGGAAGGAUGUGGGACUAACAGUCAGGAGAAUGAUCCAUUGCCACCUGGUAAUUGUAGCUCAGAUCAGCCCACUUCAGAAAAUGCUGCAGAUACUCAGAGGCAUUACACAGAAGUGAGUGCUGCAAGAAUUCUCUCAAACUUUGGCUUAUCUGCUAAAGAUUUGGAGGAAUUUGGCCACUAUUCAGAUGAUCAGCUGAAGCCUGAAAACAUGGCUAUGAUUCUGAGGGACAUCGUUGAGCGCAAGAAGGCUCGUCAGUUGCCCACUUCAUCUCAGGGCAAAGAAGAAGAAUCCUCUGGCGGACAGGGUGGAUCUGAUUCCCUGAUGAAAACAGGACCUGGUGUACCGUCAGCAGCUCAACCCGCAACAACACCUGCGGCUUCAUUUAUGCCUCAGUCUUCAGGAUCUCCAUCUCCGUCAGUGAUGAACGAUUAUCAUGCUGUGUCGCCAACAGUACUUCCACACGUGUGUUCUCUGUGUAAAAUAGAAUGUGCAGAUAUGACGGGCUGGAAUCUGCAUGUGCGCACUGCUGCACACUCCGAGAAAUGUGAAGAGCUACGCCAACAGUAUCCUGACUGGAAUCCAGAAGAAUUCUCUUCGUUACAGAGACAUGAAGGCGACAAGAAGGAAAAACAUAUUCCAAUGCCAUGCUCUACCAGUUCUAACCCAAACACUUCACAGCACUCAAUUCCUGGCCAUGCCUCGAGUCAGACUCGGUCACGAUCUAGGAGCCCUGGAUCCCACAGCAAACGGUCACGAUCUAGGAGCCCCAGGUGUAGGUCCAGGUCUUCAGAGCGACCAAGCUCCCCCAGCUCGAGUUCUCAAAGCUCUUUUAGCCAGAAGAGAGAACUGAGAAAAUCAACUAGAUCUCCAGCGUCGUCUGCAGAAGCAGGAAGCUCCAGGCAACCUCCAGCCAAAUCUGAUGCGGCAGAACAACCACCCAACAAGUCGGAGCAUCCACUGCAGACAAAUCCUGACCAUCAGGAGCUGCCCAAGAAGGAAGCAGCAAUGGAGGAACAAGCAGACCGGCAACCUCCAGCCAAAUCUGAUGAGGCAGAACAACCACCCAACAAGUCAGACCAGCCACUGCAGACAAAUCCCGGCCACCAGGAGCUGCCCAAGAUGGAGUCAGCAACGCAGGAGCAAGGAGACCAGCAACCUCCAGGCAAAUCUGAUGUGGCAGAACUCACACCCAAGUCAGACCAUCCACCACAGACAAAUCUCAGCCAUCAGGAGCUGCCCAAGAUGGAGGCAGCAACGCAGGAACAAGGAGACCAGCAAAAGGAGACCGGGAAGAAGACCAGGACAAGGAAACAAGGAAAAAGGAGACCAGCCAAACCUAAUGUGGCAAAACCUCCAUCCAAAUCUGAUGUGGCAGAACAACCACCCAACAAGUCUGACCAGCCACUGCAGACAAAUCCCGACCAUCAGGAGCUGCCCAAGAUGGAGGCAGCAACGCAGGAGGAAGGAGACCGGCAACCUCCAUCCAAAUCUGAUGUGGCAGAACAACCACCCAAGAAGUCAGACCAUCCACUGCAGACAAAUCCCGACCAUCAGGAGCUGCCCAAGAUGGAGGCAGCAACGCAGGAGGAAGGAGACCGGCAACCUCCAUCCAAAUCUGAUGUGGCAGAACAACCACCCAACAAGUCUGACCAGCCACUGCAGACAAAUCCCGACCAUCAGGAGCCGCCCAAGAUGGAGGCAGCAACGCAGGAGCAAGUAGACCGGCAACCUCCAUCCAAAUCUGAUGUGGCAGAACAACCACCCAACAAGUCAGACCAGCCACUGCAGACAAAUCCCGGCCACCAGGAGCUGCCCAAGAUGGAGGCAGGAACGCAGGAGCAAGGAGACCAGCAACCUCCAGGCAAAUCUGAUGUGGCAGAACUCACACCCAAGUCACACCAUCCACCACAGACAAAUCUCAGCCACCAGGAGCUGCCCAAGAUGGAGGCAGCAACGCAGGAGCAAGGAGACCAGCAAAAGGAGACCAGGAAGAAGACCAGGACAAGGAAACAAGGAAAAAGGAGACCAGCCAAAUCUAAUGUGGCAAAACCUCCAUCCAAAUCUGAUGUGGCAGAACAACCACCCAACAAGUCUGACCAGCCACUGCAGACAAAUCCCGACCAUCAGGAGCUGCCCAAGAUGGAGGCAGCAACGCAGGAGCAAGGAGACCGGCAACCUCCAGCCAAAUCUGAUGUGGCAGAACAACCACCCAGCAAGACAGACCAUCCGCUGCAGACAAAUCCCGACCAUCAGGAGCUGCCCAAGAUGGAGGCAGCAACGCAGGAGCAAGGAGACCGGCAACCUCCAGCCAAAUCUGAUGUGGCAGAACAACCACCCAGCAAGUCAGACCAUCCGCUGCAGACAAACCCUGGCCACCAGGAGCCGCCCAAGAAGGAGGCCACAAUGCGGGAACAAGGAGAUCAGCAACCUCCAGCCAAAUCUGAUGUGGCAGAACAACCACCCAGCAAGUCAGACCAUCCGCUGCAGACAAACCCUGGCCAUCAGGAGCUUCCCAAGAAGGAGGCAGCAACACAGGAACAAGGAGACCGCCAACAUGAAGAUCAGUUGCGUUUGUCGUUGACGCCUCUUGUAGAACAAAGUGUCUUGCAGGCCCUGUCGCUGCUGCAGCCUGGAGGCGCAGUGGGUGCUGGACUCACCCAAGGAACAAGCUUGCCCCCUGUUGUGCAGAUCAAUCCAGCAUCCCUUGUCUCCAUGAUGCAGCUGGUUGCAACCCAGGUGGUACAAGCUGCCUUAGCCUCCAAGGAGGCCUCAAGUGUGCGGGAAAGCCCAAGUGUGGCUGGCCCAAGCCCCCAGUUAAGUAUUCCUGCAGGAAGCGAAGAAAAGAAGCAGGAGAGCAGUCAGGAAGUGGUGCCAGGAGUCGUUCCUCCUUGCUCAGCCUGCGUGGAAAGAUCGGAGGCUUCAGGUAGUAAAGGGGACUUGUUCACCCCGAGCUUGUUCACCGUGCCAUGGCUUCAGAAGGAAGAUGCAAGACCUCCGAAGCAGAAUCUUCCAGCGGAGAUAUCUUCAGCAUGCGUGGAAAGAUCGGAGGCUUCAGGUAGCAAAGGGGACUUAACUCCCUCGACCUUGUUCACUGUGCCAUGGCUUAAGAAGAAGGAAGAUGCAAGACCUCCGAAGCAGAAUCUUCCAGCGGAGAUCUCUGCAGCCUGCGUGGAAAGAUCGGAGGCUUCAGGUAGUAAAGAGGACUUGUUCAGCUCAAGCUUGUUCACCGUGCCAUGGCUUCAGAAGGAAGAUGCAAGACCUCCGACGCAGAAUCUUCCAGCGGAGAUAUCUUCAGGAUUGGCCACCAAGAAGGUAUGGAUUUGCGGGCACAGCGUUGUGUAUUGGGCCGAAGUCCGCGCAGUUUCGUCCAGGUGGGGCAGCAACCUGGGCUUCCCCUCGAAUAUAGAGCUGUCGUGGAUCAGCCAGAGGGGAAUGAGGUGGCAUCAGCUCCUACCAUUGCUGACUGCUCGGAUCUCUACGGCGGGCCCACCUGAUAUCAUCAUCUUUCACCUGGGUGAGAACGACGUGGGCGGACAAAGGAUUUAUGACCUAGUCAAGGCUAUCACUGAAGACUUGGAGGCCUUGCACUUUCAAUACCCACGGAUCAGCCUUUGUUGGUCCGAGCUACUGGAGAGGCAGCACUGGCCUAUUAUUCUGAGGCCUGGCGCCCCGGAACCGCGGCAGGCAUCCAUGAAAAGAUCAAGGGAGAGAAUGAGGAAGAAAGUGAACAAAGACGUAACGCACAAGGUGCAGAUGUUGGGUGGCUGGGUGAUCCGACACCCUGACAUCACAGUCGAACGGGAGGCCUUAUUCCGACAGGAUGGGGUAGACCUCUCCGAUGAGGGACUUGAUGUUUGGUUGACUGACCUGGUGGGAGGCCUAAAGUAUUGUUUUCAGAUGUGAGUGGUUUGGCGGUGAGCAUUUGCUUGAGGGCCGGUUGAUGCAUUGGAUAGGCGUAGUCUUGGAUUGAGGGGAGGCUGUAGCCUCUGCCUACCCCUCCGGAAAAGGGAUCCGGGAAAGAUGCUUCUGCUCGGAUGCCCAGGUGGGGGCUAGGCCCAGGUGCAAUCCAGCAAGGGACUUACUCUUUGAUGCAGGUCAAGAACUCGCUCACUUCCAGUUGACCCCAAAUUAAGUCCUUCCGGCAGACGGGCCAGAAAUUGUUUGUUCUCCCUGAUGUCUAUGUGAAACCUCUUACCCCAGUAGUUAAUAAAGCCAUGACCUGAUUUUACCCAAA